AUGUCUUCAGAAAAGACUGCGCCAACCGACAGCGAUACCGGGGAGGGGGUGUUCCAAACACCCGACGAAUCACAGCUACCUCAUAGUCUUGACAACAAGCCAGAUAACGGGGUACAGCUGCAAGCCGACGGCCCCCCUGAUGGUGGCACCGGCGCCUGGCUCGCUGUUCUCGGCGCCUGGUGCUGCUCCUUCACUAGCUUCGGCUGGAUGAACAGCGUCGGCGUCUUCCAAAGCUAUUACGAAUUUGGUCCUCUCAAGGACUACGACAGCGGCACCAUUUCGUGGAUCCCGUCGCUCGAGAUCUUUUUCCUCUUUUUCCUAGGGCCUGCCGUCGGCUUUUUGUUUGACAAGUAUGGCCCGACGCCGCUCAUUCUGGUCGGCACGUUCUUGCAUGUUUUUGGACUCAUGAUGGCAUCCCUGGCAACCGAGUACUACCAGUUCCUCUUGGCCCAGGGCGUCUGCAGCGCCAUCGGUCUCAGCUUCUUGUACUCGCCCGCGAUUGCGACCAUCGCAACCUGGUUUAAUAAAAAGAGAGGCCUUGCGAUGGGCAUCAUGGUAACCGGCUCGUCUCUCGGCGGCGUCGUCUUCCCCAUCAUGAUCAAUCGCCUGAUCGAGAAUCCGAGCACCGGCUAUCCCUGGGCCAUGCGGAUCGCCGCCUUUCUCAUCUUGGCCUUGCAAAUCAUCGCAGUAUUCACCCUCCGGCCGAGAACAGCGCCAUCGCCCAAGAAGACGCCGGCCGCAACCCUGACCGCUCCCUUCAAGGAGUUCCCUUUCGUCGUCAUGUUGCUGGGAAUGUUCAUCCUGAUGUACGGCAUCUUCAUUCCGGUCAACUACUUGGCCUUGCAGGCUCUGCAGGAGGCUCACGUGUCCGAAUCCAUGUCGCUCUACCUGGUUCUUUUCGGCCGUCUGGGCUCUGGAUACUGGUCUGAUAUCGCCGGCCGAUGGAACGUGUUCGUCAUCGCUGGUGCCGCCUCGGGGAUCGUCGAGCUGGCCCUCUGGAUCCCGGCCACAUACCAGUCCGCCGCCAUCGGCUUCGCCGUCACGUUCGGCUUCCUCUCGGGCGCCUUCGUCAGCCUCCUCGCGGCCCUGCCGGCGUCCGUGUCCCCUCUGCCCCAGAUCGGCUACCGGAUCGGCGUCGUCAUGCUCGUCCUAUCGCUUCCCGCCCUCACCAUGGCGCCCAUCGGCGGGCGCAUCUUGCAGAGCGCGAGUUCGCUUGACGAUGGCUGGCUGCACGUCAAGAUCUUUGGAGGUGUCAUGUCCCUCGCUGGGUCGGCCGUUGUCUUCUACGCCAAGACUCUCUACUCCAAGAAGUUUUGGGCGGCUUUUUAA